CUGGCCCCUCGCAAACACGGUAUUGAUCUGGAGUGCCAUGGAUUACUGCAGAAAAUACGCAGUUGCCAUUCUGGCCACCUUGUGUGUGUGUUUGCAAGUUCUCCAUUCUUUUCCGGAGAGAGAGCUUACAAUGCAGGGUUGCCCAGAAUGCAAACUAAAGGAAAAUAUGUACUUCUCCAUGGUGGGUGCCCCCGUUUAUCAGUGCAUGGGCUGCUGCUUCUCCCAGGCAUACCCCACUCCAGCAAGGUCCAAGAAGACAAUGCUGGUUCCAAAGAACAUCACUUCGGAGGCCACUUGCUGUGUGGCCAAAGCAUUUACCAAGGUCACAGUUACGGGAAAUACCAGAGUGGAGAACCACACGGAAUGCCACUGCAGCACUUGUUAUUAUCACAAAUUUUAAAUAUUUUGUGAAGUGCAUUAUGAUGACUCCUGAUUUCGAGGGAUGGAGAUUCAAGUUGCUCAGUGUUUGUAGCCUUGCAAGUUAAAGCCCUCCUUUUCCUUACCAGACCAUUUUGAUGCGCUUCAAGGGUAUACUGCAGCUUUAUUGCUUUUUCCUUAUCCUACAGUAUAAUCAGCAGUCUAGCUCUUUUCAUCCAGAAUGAAAUAGAGCAUUUAGCACAACCAUGAAAAGCUGGUUCCAUUGGAAAUAAAGCC